GCUUUCGGCUCUGAAGAAAGAAAAAACGUUCGCGUGAAGAACACUGCAGUCGCCAUUUUGAGGAGACUGACGCGUUUCGUAAGAAGCAGUUUUUACGACAUAAAGCGGAUCGUUUUUGACUUUUUAAAUUCGUAUUACGUGGAGUAACACGACGUAAUGUCUCGGCUUAACAAUAAUAAUCGCGGCGCCUACGGAAUGAACACGUUUCAGCCGCGUAGGGGCGGAGGACCCGGAGGCCCGAUGCGCGGCAGCAUGAUGGGGAACAACAACUUCAGGAACCAUCCCUUCCAGAACCGUAGAGACAACUUUAACCGGUCUCCAGGCCAGCCGAGCCCACAGAAACCGCACCAGGACCAGCAGGGUCUGCCCAUCAUCCCUCCUCCGCCUCCUGGCCCGGCUCUCACCAUGAAGGGCCCGAUGCAGGAGCAGCAGGAAGCCGCCGGAGGCCAGACCAAGAUCCAGACCCCGCCGCCGAACCAGCCCAGCCAGGCCGAGGGCGAGCAGCUCAAGUCGCCCGGAGGAAAGGAACAGCAGAAGCCUCCUCAGAACCUAAAACCCGAACCCCAGCAGAGCCCCAAACCGGCACCACAGCAGGACCAGAAACCCGGAUCUCAGCAGGGUCCUCAACAGAGUCCCCAACAGGGCCAGAGACCGGGAACCCAGCAGCAGGGUCCCCAGCAAGGCCAGAGACCGGGAACCCAGCAGCAGGGUCCCCAGCAGGGCCAGAGACCGGGAGCCCAGCAACAGGGUCCCCAGCAGGGCCAGAGACCGGGAGCCCAGCAGCAGGGCCCUCAGCAGGGCCAGAGACCGGGAGCCCAGCAACAGGGCCCCCAGCAGGGCCAGAGACCGGGAGCCCAGCAGCAGGGUCCCCAGCAGGGCCAGAGACCGGGAGCCCAGCAGCAGGGUCCCCAGCAGGGCCAGGGACUGGGAGCCCAGCAGCAGGGUCCCCAGCAGGGCCAGGGACCGGGAGCCCAGCAGCAGGGUCCCCAGCAGGGCCAGGGACCGGGAGCCCAGCAGCAGGGUCCCCAGCAGGGCCAGGGACCGGGAGCCCAGCAGCAGGGUCCCCAGCAGGGCCAGGGACCGGGAGCCCAGCAGCAGGGUCCCCAGCAGGGCCAGAGACCGGGAGCCCAGCAGCAGGGUCCCCAGCAGGGCCAGAGACCGGGAGCCCAGCAGCAGGGUCCCCAGCAGGGCCAGAGACCGGGAGCCCAGCAGCAGGGUCCCCAGCAGGGCCAGAGACCGGGAGCCCAGCAGCAGAGUCCCCAGCAGGGCCAGAGACCGGGAGCCCAGCAGCAUGGUCCCCAGCAGGGCCAGAGACCGGGAGCCCAGCAGCAUGGUCCCCAGCAGGGCCAGAGACCGGGAGCCCAGCAGCAGGGUCCCCAGCAGGGCCAGAGACCGGGAGCCCAGCAGCAGGGUCCCCAGCAGGGCCAGAGACCGGGAGCCCAGCAGCAUGGUCCCCAGCAGGGCCAGAGACCGGGAGCCCAGCAGCAUGGUCCCCAGCAGGGCCAGAGACCGGGAGCCCAGCACAGCCAAAGACCUGGGCCUCAACAGGGAUCCCAGUCGGGUAACGAAUCGGGACCCCAACAGGGCCAGAGACCGGGAACCCAACAAGGAUCCCAGCAGGGCCAGAGACCGGGAACCCAACAAGGAUCCCAGCAGGGCCAGAGACCGGGAACCCAACAAGGAUCCCAGCAGGGCCAGAGACCGGGAACCCAACAAGGAUCCCAGCAGGGCCAGAGACCGGGAACCCAACAAGGAUCCCAGCAGGGCCAGAGAUCGGGAACCCAACAAGGAUCCCAGCAGGGCCAGAGAUCGGGAACCCAACAAGGAUCCCAGCAGGGCCAGAGAUCGGGAACCCAACAAGGAUCCCAGCAGGGCCAGAGAUCGGGAACCCAACAAGGAUCCCAGCAGGGCCAGAGAUCGGGAACCCAACAAGGACAGAGACCAAGGCUCCACUUCGACCAGAGACCGGAGCCUCAUCACGGCCAGAAGCCAGCACCCAACGCUGAACCGGAACCGAUGGAACAGAACACCAGUACUCCAGAGACGGAGCAGAGUGAGCCGUCGGAGUUUAAGGCCACACUGUCCAGGCUGCUGAAACCCGGUGAGAAACCAUACACUCAGCGGUGUCGCCUCUUCGUUGGGAAUCUGCCGAAAGAUAUCGCAGAAGAUGAAUUCAGGUUGCUUUUCGAAAAGUAUGGAGAACCUAAUGAAGUGUUCGUUAACAAAGCCAAAGGCUUUGGCUUCAUCAGACUGGAGUCUCGUGCGCUUGCAGAGGUAGCCAAAGCAGAACUAGAUGAUACACCCAUGAGAGGAAGGACUCUGCGUGUGAGAUUUGCCACACACUCUGCAGCUCUGUCUGUUAAGAACCUGUCCCCUUUUGUCUCAAACGAGCUCCUAGAAGAGGCCUUCUCACAGUUCGGAAUUGUAGAGCGAGCCAUUGUCAUUGUUGAUGACCGUGGGCGUUCAACAGGAAAGGGUAUUGUUGAGUUUGCCUCCAAACCCAGUGCUAGAAAAGCCCUCGAUCGCUGUAAUGAUGGCGUGUUCCUGCUCACCAUGUCUCCUCGGCCUGUGAUUGUAGAACCUCUAGAGCAGUUUGAUGAUGAAGAUGGUUUUCCAGAGAAAUUAGCACAUAAGAAUCUCAGAUAUCAAGCAGAGCGAGAGGAGCCUCCACGCUUUGCCCGUCCCGGAACUUUUGAAUUUGAAUAUUCAAAGCGCUGGAAGUCCAUGGAUGAAAUGGAAAAACAGCAGAGGCAGCAGGUAGAGAAGAACAUGCAGGAGGCUCGUGAGAAGCUGGAGAGCGAGAUGGAAGAUGCUUAUCUUGAACACCAGGCCAACAUGCUCAGACAAGAACUUGCCAGGCGGCAGGAAGAAUUGCGGCGUAUGGAGGAGAUGCACAGCCAGGAGAUGCAAAAGAGGAAGGAGAUGCAGCUCAGACAGGAGGAAGAGCGCCGCAGGCGGGAGGAGGAGAUGCUCCGCAAGAGGGAAAUGGAAGAACAGAUGCGCCGUCAGCGUGAGGAGAGCUAUCGAAUGGGCAGUUUCAUGGAUAGCCACAGUGAAAUCAGAUUGGGUUCUAGUGGCUCCAUGACAAUGACUGACAUGUCCUUCGGUACAUCCAACCAGAACUUCAACAUGGGUGGAAUGGGCUUUGAGUCACAGCAAGGAAUGGGGGCUGUAUCUUCAGGAGGCUUAAUCAACACUGAAAUGCGCAACGAGCGCUUUUCCCAGGGUGGUGCUAGGGGCAUGGGUCCUGCAAACCCUGGGUUUGGCAGGGUCCGCGAGGAAUUUGAUGGUCCUUCUAAGAAACCCCGCUUUUAAAAGCUGAUCUUGGAUCCUUCUAGCAGUAACAUUUGUGUAGAUGCUCAAAAAACAAACAUGUUCAGUCAUAUUUGUUGUAUUUAAGUUUAAAAUGUUCUUGCUUUUAGCUGGACAAAUUACUAAUUUUAAGACUAGCUUAAGAUUUUCCCCUUUUUUAUUUUGUAUCUUUAGUAUGGAAUAAUAGGUCACCUUUGUGAUUCAUUAACAUUUAUUUCAUUAAAAGUAUCUGACCUGUGUAUAAUUUUCUUUUGUAGCUAUAUUGCUCUGUGAGACAUCGUGAAGUGCUAAUUGUCAUUUUCUCAACUGUCUGGAUGUGUUUUGUGCCAUGCGUUUGGAAUCCAAGCAUGUAUUAAAAUAAAAAAGAAAUUGGAUAAAGCAU